UUCUUGUUCAAGGAUUCAAUUUAAAGGCUCCUUUUGGCUGUUAAAUAUAAAAUAUUCACAAGACCAAGUUAUUUUCUCUCAAUCAGACUUACACACUCACCUGAUCAAAUACAAAUCAAAAUUUUAUCAUUUAAUUAAAUUAAGUGGAAAGUGUAAAAUUCAUCAAAAUGGAGAAAAUGUCAUGGCCAAGUGAAAGGAUUGCUCAUGGUGGAAUUUUUCAUCAACGCAAUGUAAAUUAUUCAAGAGAGACGAAUGACAUGAUAAAAACAUUAAUGAGCGAGGCCAAUUUGACAAUGAUGCAACGCAAUAAGAUCAAUUACUUCUUAAGGCAAGGAAGUGCUCUUCCACAACUUGAGAUGCAAAAAAGAAGACUUCCAUCGCAAGAAUAUGAGCUGCGUAGGGCACGUGAAAUAAUGGAUAGGAGUCGUGUUGUUCGAAAACGCUCGUGGGAAACAAUUGCUAAAUCUGGCGUCUUUGAAAUUGAAAGAUAUGUACCCAAGGUGACAACGAGAAAUAAUGACAAAGCAAAGCAACAACUACAAGAGCGAAUGUCUGGUCUAAAGGAAUAUCCGGAGCUUGAUAGAUUUACAUUGCAUACAAAGGAAAAGCAUCGAAAGAAUGGAAAAAUUUACUCAAAUGACCGCGUUGCAGAAUUAUUAAAAGAAAUUUACGAACGAAUUGAAUGGAUAAAGGAAAUGGAUGAAUUGGGUGAGGGGAAGAAGCACCGUCAGGUCAUUGACGCUCAAGUGACGGAGCGUUUGAGAGAAAUAAAGAGAAUUGAGGAGAAACUUGGCAAACAAAAACGAGACGGUCUUCAAGACGUAACGGAAGAAGAUUAAAAAUAAUUUUGUGUGUC